UGGUGUUACUAUCUGGUGUUACUAUCUGUCAAUGGUAUUACUAUCUGUUAAUGGAGUUACUCUCUCUUUGUGAGUUGUACAUCAGGUCACUUUGCACAUUAUGCAGAUAAAAUGAGGAUCUUAGGAGGACUCCAGAACUGGACAUGGGGAUCUGUAUCUUUCGCCUUUAUCUUUUCUCUUCAGAUAAACUGGUCCUGGUUCAUGAGAGUAAGACCUGGAAAGAGGCGCAGCAGUACUGCAGAGAGCACCAUGUGGACCUGGUGUCUGUGACCUCCGAGCGGAUCCAGCGCUGGGUGAGGGAGCGGGCUAAAGAAGCCGCCAGUACUCACGUGUGGAUGGGCCUGCAACACUCCUGCUACAUGGGCUUCUGGUUCUGGGACAACGCAGAGACGGUCUGCUACAGCAACUGGGCCCCAGGGGGAGAGACAGAGCCGGACUGCACAGAUGGACUGGAGCAUCAGAGUGCCAGAGUGGGGGCAGUGAAGUCUGGAGGAGACGGGGAGGGAGAGUGGGUCAUGCGUCCAGAAACCGAGGAACUCAACUUCAUCUGCACCACUGAGGCUCAGUAG